CUCGAAACUCCAGCAUCACCCGGACUCGUCCAUCAAAGGCCCUCCUCACUAUACGGUCUCUCAAUUCCCCUAUUCACCCUAACGAACAGACAAAAUGGCGCGCCGAGAACCUCAAUUCAACCAACAGGUCCUGGUGGACACCACGCCCAUGCCGGCGGAUAUUCCCAGUGUCCAGGAAAUCGGCGCGACCUCGGCCCCUUUGACCAGUGCGGCGUUCUUUAUCGGCGACAAGUGCAAGGCCUUCAAUGAUGACUACAUGAAGUGCAAGUCGGAGUCAAAUGGAAGGGGGGAGUUUGAUUGUCUGAAGGAGGGGCGGAAGGUGACUAGAUGCGCCGCUUCAGUAAUCAAAGAUAUCAACACCCACUGCCUUAAACAGUUCACCGCGCACUGGGAAUGUCUCGAGAACAAUAACCACCACCUGUGGGAGUGCCGGAAGCCCGAGAUGGAGUUGAACAAGUGUGUCUUCGACAAGCUGGGCCUCAAGAAGACGAUCCCCGGUGCCCCCGAGAACCAGACUCCAGUUCAUCUGCGUCCCAAGCAGAUUUAUGCCCAGUUCCCUGGUCCUCAGUAUUAGGUUUUGUUUUAUGUCUCUGGUCUGGUCUGGUUUGUGGACUGUUUGUAUGUGUACAUAUUAGCAUAGGAAUUGAGUGUCCUGGUUUCUCGGUCUACGGUUCUGGUUCAAUUUCGGAUACGGUAUUGGAAGGACCGGCGUAAUGUAGCAAUUACAACACGAC